AUGUCUGUGGUGGCAACGUGUUUUGUCAUGCUGUCUCCAGCGUCGGCUCCUAAGUGUUACAACGCCAGUGAUCCAGAGCUCAACUCAACUGCCUGGUUUGCUGAGAACAUCGGACUCUUCAUCACUUAUCUCACCUUGGAAGACCUCAACACCUUCGGAUCAGCACAGGUGUCUGCAGCUCUAGCAGCUAACAUGGGGAGACAACAUAAACAGCAACACCAUCGCUGCCCUCGGCAGAGAGUACAGGUCUAUCUGAGGUCAGAUCACCAUGGCACCCGCCAGCGUUCUGUGGGCUUCCUUCAGCAUUCUGAGCACUGUGAUUGGCUGGAACCAGGCCAGGCCAUGGCCAUCAUCCAAUCACUGAUGUUGUCAGGAGCCUUGAAGGCAGCAUCAGCUGCACGGAACUCCUCACGCGUCCCAGGAUGCCACAUUCAUAACAUACAUGCAGACCGCCCGACGAUCUUAAUCCAGACUUUCGUCACUCAGUUGAUCACAGUGAACCCUAACCCAGACAGUAUUCUCCAGAACGUCCCAGACAGCAUGUCUACUGAGAUCCCCAGGUCCCUGCUGCAGGGCUUCUCUCAGAGCAGUGUGGUGGUGGAGAAACUGAACCAGAAGACAUGGAGACACGAACAGGCUGUGUUGUUCUUUGACACAGUGGCUCUAGGAAUUGACAACUCCGACAAUAUGUCAUCCAGCGUGCUCCAGGGCUUCACCUGCACCAGAGUGGCCAGUAUGACCACAACCAAGAUCAAGAAACUGGUCAAGGCCUGCAGGAGGAAGGGCAAGAACAGGGUCGCACUGAGAGAGACUCAGUUGACCUGCAUGUACAACUACAUCAAGGAAGAGUCAAAUGUCACCAGCUACAACCUGUACCCUCCUGACAUGCUGCUUUACUACGACUACAGUAAGGUACCUCGGGACACCUGUAAGGACUACUUCAGUGAGCUGGGAGACGCAGACUUCCUCGUGUUCUCCGACGCGCUCAGCUUCAAACGCACAGCCCUGGUUAACAAUGUCAAGACCUGCCUGGGUAUCAGCGGCACGGUUCUGAGCAGUGACAACCUGCAGGUCCUAGGUAACAUGGUGUGUGUUCUGGACGGUUCCUACAUCCAGAACUCUGACCAGCUCAUCCUGCAGAAAUUACAAAACUGUAAUGACCUCACCGACGAACAGGUGGCUGCCAUAGAAACGCUGUUGAUGUCUGGGAAAACACAGUACGG